AUGUCUCUUUCUGCUGCCUUCAAAAAAUUUACAAACUAGCGUUCUACUAUGGAUAGCAAAACUUUUGUUAAUACUUUAGCUGAUAGUGGAAUAUUUAAUUUUAAGAUUACAACUCACUAAUCUGAGCAGAUUUUUGAAAAAGUGAAAAAUAGUCCUAAUUUGAGAGGAAUUAAUUAUUAAUAGUUCGAAACCUGUCUCUCUUUAGUAGCUUCACAAACGGGUUGCACAAGAUAAUAAAUAGAAGGAUUAGUUUUAGAAUAUAGUAAAAAAUUUACAACUAAAUAAGCAGAUCCUUCAAGAUUCUUUUAUGACAAGAGUACUUAUACAGGUGUACACACCAAAGGAGGUCCAAGUACUUUAGAUAAUAAUGGAUAUUCUUAAUUAUCAUAAUUGUGUGAUAGAUCGAGUGCUAAUGUUAGAGGAAUCAAAAACUGA